GAGCUCUAUAAAAGCCGGCCAAACUCCCCACUCGCUCAGCCACUUCUCUCGCCUCCACCUCCUUGGGAACCAGACAUGUCCUGCUACAACCCAUGCGUGCCACGCCAGCUCUGCGGUCCGACCCCGCUGGCCAACAGCUGCAAUGAGCCCUGUGUCAGACAGUGCCAGGACUCCACCGUCGUCAUCGAGCCCUCUCCCGUGGUGGUGACCCUGCCCGGCCCCAUCCUCAGCUCCUUCCCGCAGAACACCGCCGUGGGAUCCACCACCUCCGCUGCCGUUGGCAGCAUCCUCAGCUCUCAGGGAGUCCCCAUCUCCUCCGGAGGCUUCAGCCUCUCUGGCAUCGAUGGCCGUUACUGUGGCGCCAGGCGCCUGCCCUGCUAA